AUGACUCUCAGUAACGGGAAUGAGAACAAGAGGACGGGGUCAGUAAAUGACUCUCCCAUGAUGUUGGAUACCGAGUGCAUCUCAGUACCGGAUACGUGGACACUGGACUAUGAUAUCUCGGGGCCUAGGACCCCGGGAACUCACUGUUACUUUCCUGGCGUUAGCACACUGCCUGAAGGCGACCUGCAGAAACAGUCCAAAGGGCUGGACUUGUUGUUCCGGCCCACCUCUGACUGGGCCCCAGCUUCUGGAGGGCAGAUGGCUGUGGCUGCAGUUUUCAGAUGUGCUCUGGCCUCCAAGGAGCAGGACUUGUAUGCAGAACGCAGAAGACUGCAGUUAGGAACACCCUACAAAAUCCUAUUUUCCAAAAAUGGGGCGCUGAGAGCGAGGAAGCAGCCCUGCCUUCAGCUUCAGGAGAACCGCCUCCGCCUCCCGGGGAGCACCGGCGGCAGAGUCUCCGCCAGGGCCCGCGAGGAGUCCAGCCGGCCGCCAAAGACGCUUCUGGCCAGCAGUCCGGCUGUGCCACAGCGCGCACUGAGGCGGCAGGCGCGGGGAAGCUUUCCCAGGGCCUGCGGGAGCCUGCGCUUUCCAGCCCCAACCCUGGAGCUGAGGGGGUUCUGGCGCUCAGGCCGACGGGGCCCUACCGGGGAGCCACUGCGCCUAGCGGAGCCGGCUGCGGAGCCCAAGGGCGCUGAGCUCGGAGGACGCGGCGCGGGGCGGGGAUCUCGGGAGCGACAGAGGCUAAGGGUCCUUGGGCCCCGCCCCCGCUGCUGCCCACGCAGCGCUUCCACUUUGCAAAGAGUGUCUCCCGCACAGUCCGCCUCUCCAGUCCGCACCUGGCACUGCCUCUGCAGGGCCACCCUCCGUCUCCAGGGAGGCCCAGGCUCGCCGGCGAGGAAGGACGCGGGACCCUGGCCCAGCGGGAAGGCUGGAGGAACUCAGGCUCGGAGGAAAAGCCUUUUAAACCUGGGCCAUCGACGAAGGGUUUCUAUAGGGACGACCAGCAUCGGAACGCAGUGGGCAGAGGCGCCAUACCUUCGGCGCCACCUCCGUGGGGACCACGCGGCAGCUCGUGGUGCAGGGCUGAGCCUUCGGAGUGUGAGCGCGCGCCCCGGGCUUCGUGCGUCUCUAGAAAGCUGCGUGUCCGUGCGUUUGGCGUUUGUCGGGUAGCGUGUGCCGGCAGCUACCGCAGGGAGAGGAAACAGGUCCUGUACAUAGCCCUACAUGUAGAUAGGCACAUAACAGGAAACAAUGCUUUAACACAUGUGUCCUGGAGCACAAUAAAAUACACCGCAAUCUGAAGAAACUCCAGAAUUACGAGAAUGAGAGUGAAGAAAAUUCAGAUGGGCUACAAUAUCCAUUACCUUAAACUGCAAGAGACAAGUUUCCAACCCGAAGGUUAACAUUUAUGUAUUUAUGACUGGCUACAUUUACAACUUAAAGAACAGUUUUGUGAGGGGAGGAACUCGGUCACUGAAGAAAAAAAUUACUGAAUUUCAAAUUAAAGAGUAAAAGGAGCUCCCGUAGCAAAUACUAGAGAAAUGAAAGCAAGAAUCAUUGAGGAUUUGAUGCUCUCAAAGGCAUAAACCUUUCUGAUGACACAGAAGCUGGAUGUUGAGAUCGGUAGGCUUAUAAGGAAGACUCACAAAUGCCUCAGCAAAUCCCAAAUCAUGAUCAGAUCAGUGUUUCUUAAUAACACACCAGUGGUUACAGAUGAAAUUUUCAGACAAGAACGAAGAAAAAGAUCACAACCCAAAUUUUAGGCAAAAAUGUGGCACAACUGUGAGAAUCCUACAUGUCAUUUACACCCGCUUUCUUUGCUGUGACUUUCCUGUACAGUAAUAUUUAAGCACUGUGGCAAGACACCAAUGAUCGCCUAAUCAGACAACACAAACACAUUUAUUUCAAAUUCCCUGGAGGUUAAAAAAAGGUAGGAUACUGAUGCUUUAUGCAUGCUCAGGGCCAGUUUAUAAAUACUCUGUUCAAUACUAUCUUAACACAAAGCUGCAUCAGUGAAAAGAAACUGGCAAAAUCCACCUCUUGCCAUUCAAUUUGUCACGUGGUCAAGACCAGGACAGAAUGUUCCAUCAGUUUUAAUUUUAAAAUACGAUUAUCACAUUGGGAAAAUGAAAUAAACACAGUAAAAUAAACUGUACAAAGACAGAUCAGAACAACACAAAAUAUUGUACUAACACAUAUGAUUACAGAAGUUUCCAGACAAGCCACACAAAAUGGUCACAAACUUUUUCUGAAUUGGGGAAUCUACACUUGACAGCAAAGUCACAAUGUUAUUAGUGACACUGUGAUGUUUGUUUAAUGUUCCCAUUUUGGUUCAAACAAUCGAGAUUGUCCAUCUACAGCGUCUAAAUAAAGUGAGACUUUGCUAGAUAGCAUAUUCUAAAGAACUGGUUAGCUGCUUUUAACCAACACAAUUAGAUCACCAUAAAAGAGGGGAAAGGAGGUCAUAAAAUUAAAAUAAAACUACCUGUGCCCUCAAAAUAAAAUAAAAUAAAGAAAAAUACCCACACCCCUGCAGCUAACCUGACAACUGCCUUCAUUCACAGUGCUUUAUACUUAAACCAGGAUGGGGAAAAUGAGUAAAAGCAGGGAGGGGCUGCUGCUUUUAAACGUUUCACAGCAAUCCAGAUGAUACUUCUAGCCUCAGCUCAUGCUUUACGACAGUGAAUCAGAACAAGACAUUUAAUCACCAAAGGACUGAUGAUGUCGGGGCUUUUUUAUUCUCUAAUGUUUCUAAGACUGUGUCCAUUAAAUGCAAAUAAAAACAAAGAAGUCUUGGCAGAACAGAAGUGAUGCAUGCUUGAUGAUCAGAUCAAUUUAAAUGUUAUUCAUGGCAUAUAGCCUAGUCCAUGCUCCAGCUGUUUCUGUGACUUGGGCUUUGCUGGUAUUCCACGGCUCCACUACAGCAUUUGCUAAUGGAUCAUCUGGAUUAGGAGCAUUUAACAAGGCCUGGAUCGAUAGCAGAACUGUGCGGAUCUGUAGUGCUGGGGACCACUCAUCUUUCAAAAUAUC